GAGGGGCACUUCACUUCCCGUAAUUACGAGUGGAUACCGAACGUCAUCAGACGAGGGGAGCAGAUCCGAAUUGAAUUUGAACGAUUAAUGCCAUAACGGAGGAGGUAGGUAACCAUGGCAACAAGGGGUCAUUCCUCAUGUUCCUCGAUGAGUAACCACACCAAGGAGAGAGUGAACAUGGCUAUGGUGACCCUGGAGAACUUCUACUGUAACCUGAUAGACCAGCAUGAGGAGAGAGAGAUGAGGCAACAGAAGCUAGAGAUGGUGAUGGAGGAGGAGGGGCUGCCUGAUGAAGAGAAGCGUAUUCGGCGCUCCCAGCACGCGCGUAAGGAGACAGAGUUCCUGAGGCUGAAGAGAACCAGGCUGGGAUUGGAUGACUUUGAGUCCCUCAAGGUGAUUGGUCGAGGAGCUUUUGGAGAGGUGCGUCUGGUCCAGAAGAAGGACACAGGUCACAUCUAUGCCAUGAAGAUCCUGCGCAAGGCCGACAUGCUGGAGAAGGAACAGGUGGGCCAUAUCCGGGCUGAGAGGGACAUCCUGGUGCAGGCAGACAGUCUGUGGGUGGUCAAGAUGUUCUACAGCUUCCAGGACAAGAUUAACCUCUACCUACUCAUGGAGUUCCUACCUGGAGGUGACAUGAUGACGUUGCUGAUGAAGAAGGAUACUCUGUCAGAGGAGGAGACUCAGUUCUAUGUGGCUGAGACGGUCCUGGCCAUAGACUCUAUACACCAGAUGGGCUUCAUACACAGAGACAUCAAACCUGACAAUGUACUGCUGGACUCUAAGGGUCAUGUGAAGCUGUCAGACUUUGGCCUGUGUACAGGGUUGAAGAAAGCCCAUCGGACAGAGUUCUACAGGAACCUCAACCACAGCAUCUCCAAUGACUUCACAUCUCAGUACAUGAACUCCAAGAGGAAAGCAGAGACCUGGAAGAGGAACAGACGACAGCUGGCAUUCUCCACUGUAGGAACUCCAGACUACAUUGCCCCAGAAGUGUUCAUGCAGACCGGAUACAACAAGCUCUGUGAUUGGUGGAGCCUGGGGGUCAUCAUGUAUGAGAUGUUGAUUGGCUACCCCCCGUUCUGUUCAGAGACGCCCCAGGAAACCUAUAAGAAAGUGAUGAACUGGAAGGAGACUCUGGUGUUCCCUCCAGAAGUACCUAUCUCAGAGAGGGCCAAGGACCUCAUCCUCAGGUUCUGCUGUGAGGGAGACCAUCGGAUCGGGGCGACAGGAGUGGAGGAGAUCAAGAGAAACCUGUUUUUUGAGGGAGUUGAUUAUGACCACAUCAGGGAGAGACCUGCAGCGAUCCCCAUUGAGAUUAAAAGCAUUGACGACACGUCAAACUUCGAUGAGUUCCCUGAGUCAGACAUCCUUUCACCAACAGCUGCAGCAGCACCCACCAAGUCCCCAGCAGCAGCAGCUGCAGCGGAGGCUGACUAUAAGAAUAAGGACUGGGUCUUUAUCAACUACACCUACAAGCGCUUUGAGGGCCUGACAGCCAGGGGAGCCAUCCCUUCCUACAUGAAGGGAAGACCUGAGCCCUAGGACCAUGCCUCAGGGCUACCUGGCAUGAUGACUCCUUGCUAUCCCCAGUCCACCUGGCCGUGCUGCUGCUUCAGUUUCAACUGUUCUGCCUGCGGCUAUGGAACCCUGACCUGUUCACCUGUUUUCAACUCUCUAGAGACAGCAGGAGCAGUAGAGAUACUCUCAAUGAUCGGCUAUGACAUUUACUCCUGAGGUGCUGACCUGUUGCACCCUCGACAACUACUGUGAUUAUUAUUAUUUGACCAUGCUGGUCAUUUAUGAACAUUUGAACAUCUUGGUCAUGUUCUGUUAUAAUCUCCACCUGGCACAGCCAGAAGAGGAUUGGCCACCCCUCAUAGCCUGGUUCCUCUCUAGGUUUCUUCCUAGGUUUUGGCCUUUCUAGGGAGUUUUUCCUAGCCACCGUGUUUCUACACCUGCAUUGCUUGCUGUUUGGGGUUUUAGGCUGGGUUUCUGUGCAGCACUUUGAGAUAUCAGCUGAUGUACGAAGGGCUAUAUAAAUAAAUUUGAUUUGAUUUGA